CAAGUUGCUCAGAAUCCAAAGUCAUAAUAAAACUAUAAGCAAAUAAAUAUCACCCAUCUGAAACAGAUAUCAGAUUAGAUCCAAUAUGGGUUUUGGAGAGAAGGAAGAAAGCUUGGUUAAAGAAUCAUGGGAGGCGAUGAAGCCCAACGUUGCUGAUUUAAGCGUUUGUUUCUUCACAAACAUACUUGAUAUUGCACCGGCGGUCAAGGACAUGUUCUCAUUUCUGAGAGACUCAGAUGAAGUACCACAGAAUAAUGCUAAGCUUAAGGCCCAUGCUAUUAAGGUUUUCAAGAUGACAUGUGAGUCAGCUAUUCAGCUUGGGGAGAAGGGGGAAGUAGUGGUACCUGAUUCAAGUUUAAAACAUUUGGGAUCUGUUCAUCUCAAGAAUAGGGUCGUCUCUGUCCAUUUUGAGGUGGUGAAAGAAGCACUGCUGAGAACAAUCAAAGAAGCAGUUGGAGAGAAAUGGAGCGACGAUAUGGCUUCUGCAUGGGGGCAAGCAUACGAUGAAUUGGCUGCUGCAAUCAAGAACGAAAUGAAUCAAGAUCAGUCUGCCACUGCUCUGCCAUCCAACUAAAUUUAUAUAUCACAUACUCUCAAAAAUUCUCUUCAAGUUCCGAAUAUUGAUUGAUCAUCCAUGUAUAUGUCCAUCUGUAUAUAUGUCGCUAAUAUGGAAACUUUAGCAACGACAGAUAUCGUCGCUAA